GAGCUGGGGCAGAUCAGGCAGGAAAAGGCCCAGGUAGUCGCCAAGCGCAAGCAAGCAGAGCGCGGCCACCGAGAAGCGCUGGCAGCCCGCGACCUCGCAGUGGCACCGCUCACCUCCGGAACGCUCGAGGCCGCCAUCAGAGCCCUUCAGGACCUUCAAGCCGACAUCCGGACGCCGGAUGCCCACAAGCUGGAGUUGGACCAAGUGCAGAAGGAGCGCGACGACCUUUUGCAGCGCGCCCAGCAGCUGGAAGCGGCCCUUCGCGACAAGAGUCGCGAGGUUGACGACAUGACGAGCGAGUACGAGCAGCGCUUGGGCGUAGUGCGCUCCGCCGUUGGCAGCGCGGAUCCGCGUAGGAUGUUGAUCAACUCGAGUGCAAGCUCGCCUCGCCAAGCCAAGCGACUGCGCGGCUAG